AUGCGGAAGGAGCUGUUUGCCCUCGAGUGGAAGGCACUAUCAAGUUCUGUCACGAACGUGACGCGUCCGCUCCAAACUCUCGAAUCGACUCACCUUUACGAAACAUGCUCAUGGCACGGCAUUUCACACGCUACAAAGAUGAACUGGACCGGUGGUAGUCUCCAACGAACUAAGAAUGCCAACAAGGGUGUACUGCAAAGGCAGAAAGCAUACUUUGCCAGAGCACGUACGCAUCUGCAGAGUGCCUCAAAUUCACCUACUACACCAUUUCGCCCCAGUUAUCUUGGCGACAAUGACAGCUUUGACUUCAUGGAGCAGAUACCUACGCUUGGCUCAGGCGUAGUCCAGCAUGCUGGCCACCCUGCCAGAGGUCGAGGUGAGAGACUACGACGAAAGACUCCUCCAGCCGACAGACGACCCGUACCAGACAAUCCACGACUGAAACGUGAAGCGGGUAGGAAAUGCGUGAAGAAUCGUCCUGCUUCUCGCUUGGGUGCUGCAAAGCGAGGUUCUGAAGCGCAGCACGAUGAGAGAAGAAGGGCCACAGAGACAGAUCUUGAGACUCAACUGCUCGAAGCGAACCGAAAGAGACUUCUGAGACAGCAAGACUGGAUCGGGAUCAAUUCCCCAAAGCCAGUCCACCUGCAAUACUUUUCCAACAAGGAGAAAGAUAAAAUUGGCAAACGCAGGAAGACACAAGGAAAGCUUGGUGCAACUGCACGGCUGAAGAGCAAUGCCAACAUGGCAGGACAACCACCUCAGAAUGCAGGCGAUGGCCUUUACCGGGCUUUCAUGGCCCCAGAAGUUAGAAAUGAUGUCGAAAAUAUUCGAAUCCGGAUUGGUACAGAUGCAUUGUCGACUGCCUACUCGAAUCAGCUGAAUCACUAUGCCCGAUCACAGGCUUCAUCGGAACCCAUGCUCUUCGACCAGGAAGGCCAAGACACAGAACGAGCGAGAUAUUUGGAGUCUGUACAGCUUGUCAAUCCUGAGCCUCACUCGGCAAGGAAUGCAUCUCGACACAGUAAUACUGCUCCCCACGAGCGGCCACUCACUGAUGAGAAAGUUGGGCGGGAUCAUGACUUCACAUACUACCGCGACCCUCGUUCAAUGGCAGAGACUUCUGAACAAGGUAGCUUAGACUUCGAACAGAUCGAGGGGCAUUCCCAAAAUUAUCCUGUUGGAAGGGCGCCAGACCAAACUAGCGAAAGUUCCGCUCUAGCAUAUCGAGUCACACACCACGCUGAAGGCAUCGAACGACCUCUGCGUCUUGUCUUUGGAGAAUUCAACUCUUCCGCGAGCGCACAGAGUCACAUCGCACCCAAGAACAACAUCGGUGAACCGCGCUAUACUCGGGAGGCAGCUUCUGCAGGAGAAUCCCAAAGAGGACAUAUGCAUCAAGUUAUCGGCGAUGUUGAGCAAUCAACAUUCGAUGAGGGUGCGGCGGCACUUGCAAUCGUCGAUGAGGAGCCCUGGAAGACGUUUCUCUCUAUUUCCGAGGGGAGCUCAAGCCACCCGGCCAUGGCCGUUGAGCCCGGAAAUAGCUUGUUGCGUUCUUACCCCACUGUGUUCAAUAAUGAAGCUGUCACGAACUGGUCACAACGUGCCACACAGUGUGAUCGAACCGACAUUAGUUCGUCCCCCGCUUCCGCAUCUUUGCCUUCUCUCAAGCGAGGCAUCGAGAAGCCCGUGUUGGCGCGUCAAGCUGGUGUAAAGUCUAAUUGGCGAGACGAUGCAGUCGGAACGAAAGCACGCGGCCUGGACGAAGAUGAGAAGUUAUGGCAAGCGUUCGUCUUUGGAAGUGACAACACGUCAUCUUCGGAAGCGUUCUACAGCCUUGAGCAAACACAGAGGAUGUCGAAAGACUUUGGGGAAGCGUCGUCAAGGUACGUGCCGUUGUCUGUCGCGGUAAGUUCAGUCAGCUCCACACCGUUCAGACCAAUAUCAGAAGUGGCUUCUUGCAUAAGCGACAAGGUACAGGAUGCAGCAGCCUCUGCGCUAGCUCCAGGGUCCCGAGCGAUAAGUUCACCGGCUUUUUAUGAGUUUGUCGAGGACGUCGUCAGCGAAGGAGAAGACGGCCACGGGAAGGCUGAGGGCAGCUUGCUCGUUGAGCAAGCGGUGACUCAGGCAUCUUUGCAGACCAACGUGGCAUGCGAUACCGGGCUUGCGUCUCCAGAGAUGUUUUGUGACUCAAAACCGUUUCGCAACAGUCUAGACCGACCCCAUGGCAUGAGUGACAUAUCCUCGACACGGGCCGUUGCGAGCAGACGAAGAGCCGCAUCAUCUUCUCCGAGCUACGAUGGCCCAGUCAGCUACGACGAAUCUAGCGGGGGACUUGAUUGUAUCGACCGUGACAGGUUGACGUGA